UCAGCAUCGCUCUCCUAACGAUUUUCAAAUCUCUCAUUUCACAUGUCUGCAUGUUUUUUGUCCGUUUACUUGUGUCUGAAGUGUGAAAGCUAGAGUUUCUGGGCCGGUCCGAGUAGGAUUUCUGCGGAUGCGGUGCGCUCAGAGGCUGUAGCAUCACUGGGCUAGCUAACGCCCGGCUGGCUGGCUGGCUGGCUGGCCUUGAUGAAACAUCCACAACCUCGAAGUUAGCGAGAUAAUGCUAACCAGCUGUCAAAGUGUUCAGACUCACUAGAUAAAACGACUAACGCUAGCUGAAAUCGUGUCGUUUUACACCUGACGACUCUCUGUUAACUCGGUCUUGUCUUCUCGCCUCUUUGCUGAUUUAAAACUUACCGUGUCAUUGCAACGGUGCAAUCUACCAAACGUGGAGACCCAACUGAGCUGAAGGCAAUCUUCCAGAGGUAUGCCAGCGUAGUGGACAAGGAUGGAGAGAAAUUUAUGACCCCAGGAGACUUUGUCCAGAAGUACCUAGGACUACACACACAGAUCCAUCACAACCCCAAAACUGUGCAGCUCAUUGCUGGCGUGGCUGACACCACAAAGGACGGACUGAUAUCAUUCCAGGAGUUCCUAGCAUUUGAAUCAGUGCUCUGUGUACCGGACGCCCUCUUCAUUGUAGCCUUCCAACUCUUUGACAAGACUGGAACUGGAGAUAUUUCCUUCGAGAAUGUGCGUGACAUCUUCAGCCAGACCACAGUCCACCACCAUAUUCCCUUCAACUGGGACUGCGAAUUCAUCCGCUUGCACUUUGGGCACGACCGCAAGAAACGCCUCAGCUACCUCGAGUUUACCCAGUUCUUACAGGAGCUGCAGUUGGAGCAUGCACGCCAGGCGUUCGCCCAAAAGGAUAAGAGUAAGAGCGGUGUCAUCUCCGCCAUGGAUUUCAGUGACAUUAUGGCCACCAUCCGGCACCACAUGCUCACACCCUUUGUUGAAGAGAACCUGGUCUCGGCCGCAGGUGGCAGCACCUCUCACAUGGUCAGCUUCUCUUACUUCAACGCCUUCAACUCCCUCCUCAACAACAUGGAGCUGAUCCGCAAGAUCUACAGCACACUGGCUGGCUCCCGCAAGGACACCCUGGUGACCAAAGAGGAGUUUGUUCAUGCUGCCAACAAGUUUGGUCAGAUCACUCCCAUGGAGAUUGACAUCCUGUACCAGUUAUCAGGCCUGCACUCCCCCUCUGGGCGCCUCAACCUUGCUGACAUUGAGAGGAUAGCCCCGUUAGAGGAAGGAUCUCUGCCAUACCACCUGGCUGAAACACAGAAACAGCAUGGUGACGGCUCCAGGCCUGUGUGGCUCCAAGCUGCAGAGUCCGCCUACAGGUUCACCUUGGGCUCCAUUGCUGGAGCCACCGGAGCCACAGCGGUGUACCCCAUAGACUUGGUGAAGACUCGUAUGCAGAACCAGAGGUCCACGGGAUCCUUCGUUGGCGAGUUGAUGUACAAGAACAGCUUUGACUGUGCUAAGAAGGUGCUGCGCUAUGAGGGCUUCUUUGGCUUCUACAGAGGUUUGGUUCCCCAGCUUAUAGGUGUGGCACCAGAGAAGGCUAUCAAACUCACGGUUAAUGACUUUGUAAGAGACAAAUUCACCAGUAAAGACAACACCAUCCCUUUAUUCGCCGAAAUUAUGGCUGGAGGCUGUGCUGGGGGCUCCCAGGUGAUCUUUACCAACCCCCUGGAGAUUGUCAAGAUCCGCCUGCAGGUGGCAGGUGAGAUCACAACUGGACCAAGGGUCAGCGCGCUCAGUGUGGUCCGAGACCUGGGCUUCUUUGGCCUCUACAAGGGUGCUAAAGCCUGUUUCCUGAGAGACAUCCCCUUCUCAGCCAUCUAUUUCCCAGUGUAUGCCCACACCAAGGCUGAGCUGGCGGAUGAGCAAGGCAGGCUGGGAGCCCUGCAGCUUCUCUUUGCUGGAGCAGUGGCAGGUGUCCCUGCAGCCUCCCUGGUGACACCAGCUGAUGUUAUCAAGACUCGUCUGCAGGUGGCAGCGAGGGCAGGACAGACCACCUACUCUGGAGUCAUCGAUUGCUUCAGGAAGAUAUUGAAAGAGGAGGGAUUCAGGGCUCUGUGGAAGGGAGCUGGAGCCCGUGUGUUUCGGUCCUCUCCCCAGUUCGGUGUGACUCUGGUCACUUAUGAGCUCCUGCAGCGGUGGUUCUAUGUUGACUUUGGAGGACAUCGUCCAGCAGGGUCUGAGCCUACGCCCAAGUCGCGCAUCUCAGAGCUUCCUCCCAUCAACGCUGAUCACGUUGGAGGCUACCGUUUGGCUGCAGCUACCUUUGCUGGAGUGGAGAACAAAUUCGGCCUUCAUCUGCCCAAAUUCAAGUCCGCUGGCGUGGUUUCCAUUCAUCACCCAGAGCCACCUGCAGCCACGCCAGCCCCGGCCCCCUAGGGCUCUGAAUCUCCAUAUCACUGCCAUCCCUCUCCUCCUUUACCAGGAGCCAGACACUUAGAUAGAUAUGUGUACAUUACCAUAAUGAAAAUGUGCGGCAUACACAUACUGUUAACACCAGUAUUUUUUUUACACACUCCACAUCUAGGGGCAGUUAACAUAGGGACAAACACACACACAGUUGCCCAGUACUCUUCCCGGGGUGAGGGUCAACUCCAGAGGUCCUUAUCCAGUCCUGGUGGCAGAGCGCUGGCUGCAGGCUCGGACAUGGAGGAGCAGACAGUGACCGGACUAUGCUGUAUCUUCAGUGGCUGCAUGCUCCUACCCUCUCCAUUCUCUGUGUUCCUCUCCAGCAUUUGUAUAAAAACGGAGCACAGGAUACUCCUCUUUCUCUCCCAUGUGUAGCUGAUGAUUUUUGUUCUGUUUUCUGUCUGACGCUCAGUGUGAGUAGGACUUCUCUGAUUGGACAGUGAGCAUAGGAAAUACUAGAUUGGGAAGCAUGGUGUAGGGGCUUUACUCUGUUUGUCCUUGCCCAGGAAGCUACUGUACAUACUGUAAAUCUGUACAGAGACGCUGCACUGGGAAGCAGUUACCAAAUUGUUGCAAGACAGUGCUAUUACCAUUCAAUCAGCGUUGAUACAGUAACACUGGACCGUUAGGGUUAUGUGGGAUGCUUGGCCUUGUUCUCUGAGAAUCACUCUUACUGAUGUACAGAACUUUUCAAUCAUGUGUUUUCUUGAUAAACAAGAAUCAUGACCAGAGAAUUAGUUAUUAAUAAAUUAAAUUGUAUUUCAAUUCAUCCAUUGUAUUGUAUUUUAUUGAAAUAAAUCAUCCAUAUGGUUUUAAUUUUAA